UAAACAUGUUAAUAAAAUUUGUAAUUUUUAUUUUAACUGCUCUACUUUGUAGCCGUACAUUGUGUGAACAGUCGAAACGGAACAGAAAAUUCUUUGGCAUAACUGGAUAUUUUUCAGGAUCAUCGGAUUUUCAUGUGGUACCAUUUUGGAAGCAGUGGAAUGCAUUGUUUCAAGUGCAUAUCGAAAAGAAUAAGCAUAAACAUAAUAAUGAGAUUUAUGUUGUUCCUGCGUCACAAUUUCAUUAUCCACCCUAUGAUAAUUAUGGUUUAUACGUUCCGCAUAUGUAUGGUGGAUUAGUUGGAAAUCGACUGCAUGGCCCAAUGUCAUUACUUCUCGAUGAAUACAAAUUUCCGACCACAACACUGGCUCCACUUACUCCAGAUAUUGACGAUAGGCCAAAAUUGGAGAGUGAUUCAAGUGAUGAUGGCGCAAAGAAAACUGACAAAAAUGUAGGUUUGUUCAAUUUGAAUAUACGUGAUGAUCGAAAAACACACAAACGCGAUGUUGUGCAUAAAACGAAAACUGACAAUGAGGUUGUUGCUACAGUUGUGGAAAUCAUCGACUUUAACAAAACGACAACAGCCACAUCAGCAGCGACAAGUGAGCCUGAUAUUGAUACAACAACGGAAUCAAAUGAAUCGCAAACAACAGAAACAAUUGAAUCGACAACAUCAUCGUCGACCUCCGAAAAACCAACCGCAUCCAUUGUUGAUACUGGAUUCCAACCAAUUUUAAAUGUGUACUAUGGUGGUACACCAUAUUUAUAUUACAACGGCCGAACCCAUUCAGGAACUUAUACCAUCAACGGAACGCCCAAAUACAAUCAACGAUCGAUACGAUUUGGGUGAAUUCAAACCGAGCACACAAUACGAAUAUCGAAAUUAUCGAUUCAAACCCGACUCAUAUUUUGUUCCCGUUGCUGGCACAAAACAAGUAUAUUAAACAGUCAGAGAAGCUUUUCUUUUUCGUCUAUUGAGACUUUGGAAAAUGUUCGAAGUAAAA